AUGUCAGCAUUCAGCGUUCGCGAUGCGCCAUUUGGCCAGCUCUGUCGAUUAGUUCUCGGUCCCCGGGUCUUUCUUUACCCUGAUGAGAAGGCUGGAUUCCAGUAUCAACCGGAAGAAACACCAGUUGAAGUACCUACACCUCAAGCGAACAGCAGCUCUACAGACACGGAUGCCGAUGUGGAGAAGGCUGAGCCUAUGUCGUCGCCAGACCAGUCAAAGUCUGGUUACCAGACUGUCAGUUGGUAUAGCGAAACCGAUCCUGAAAACCCGCAGAUGUGGUCACUGGCAAAGAAGAUUGUUACUUUUUCACAGAUCUGCCUUCUUACCUUUUCUGUAUACUGUGGAUCUGCAAUCAUCACUCCAGCUCAGCCAAUCUUCGUGGAGAUUUUCGGUGUGAACGUCCAAGAAUCGUCUUUGGCACUCUCGAUGUAUGUUUUAGGAUAUGGUGUUGGGCCAUUAUUUUUCAGCCCUUUGUCGGAAAUACCGGCAGUUGGACGGAAUAUCCCGUACUUCGUUUCGUUUACGUUGUUCAUAAUUAUCACCGCUGUGACCUCUCGCGUGUCGAAUUUUGCAGGAUUGAUUGUCUUAAGGUUUCUUCAGGGACUAUUGGGUGGCCCAGUUCUAGCAACAGGAGGAGCCUCAGCUGGUGAUAUCCUUUCUUUCCCGAAAAUUCCCUAUGGUCUCACUUUCUGGGGAUGUGCAACUCUAGCAGGACCCGCUUUAGGUCCUCUUUUAUCUGGAUUCUCAGUGCCCCUGAGCUCCUGGAGGUGGUCUAUGUAUGAGCUUCUCAUUCUCUGUGGCUUUACUUGGAUUCUUCUAUUCUUUUUCCUCCCAGAAACCAAUGCCGACUUCAUUCUCUUGAACCGGGCCAAGCGCCUACGCAAAUCCACCGAGAAUGAGAAUCUUCGAUCGGAUUCAGAGAUUAAGCAAGGAAAUACUCACUUCCUGUCCCUUCUCGGUGGGUAUUUGACUACGCCUUUCAUGGUUACCCUGAGGGAUCCGUCAGUUGCCUUUAUUAAUGUCUACACCGGUCUUAUCUACGGUAUUUUUUACUCAUACUUUGAAUCAUUCCCGAUUGUUUUCACCCAGAUUCACGGGUUCUCGAUGGGUAUUAUGGGAACCAUCUUUCUGUGCGUUGUUGUAGCCUGCUUCUUCGGGGCCAGCUCAUACUUGGCGCUUGUCAAGUUCCAUUAUGAGCCCUACACUUAUAAUAAUGGAAUCGGCUCCCCUGAACAUCGACUUCUCCCUGCCGUUGUUGCGGCCUUGAUUGCGCCGUGUGGAAUCCUUAUUUUCGCUUGGACAUCUCGCGAUUGGAUUCAUUGGGUUGUUCCCACGAUUGGAAUUGUUCUAUACAUGUCGUGUGUCUUUGUGAUUACGAUGUGUAUUUUCAUCUAUCUUCCAAUUUCGUAUCCUCGCUAUGCUGCGAGCUUGUUUGCUGCAAACUCAUUCCUGCGCAGCGCAGUGGCUUGUGCUGCUACUCACUUCUCACAACCAUUAUUCGCCAAUCUAGGUAUUGGAAAGGGAUGUAGCGUCCUCGCUGGCUUGACGUGGGCCUGUUUCUUUGGAAUUUUGGUUCUUUGGAAGUAUGGUGACAAGCUGAGAGCUAGGAGUACAUUCGCGCAAGUUUAUUAA